CCCCCACCCUUCGAGACCCUCCCACAGCCCCCACCCUUCGGAGACCCUCCCACAGCCCCCACCCUUCGAGACCCUCCCACAGCCCCACCCUUCUAGACCCUCCCACAGCCGCCCCUUCGAGACCCUCCCACAGCCCCCACCCUUCGAGACCCUCCCACAGCCCCACCCCUUCGAGACCCUCCCCACAGCCCUCCCCUUCUAGACCCUCCCACAGCCCCCUUCGAGACCCUCCCACAGCCCCCUUCGAGACCCUCCCACAGCCCCCCCUUCUAGACCCUCCCACAGCCCCCUUCGAGACCCUCCCACAGCCCCCCUUCGAGACCCUCCCACAGCCCCCCCCUUCCAGACCUCCCACAGCCCCCCUUCUAGACCCUCCCACAGCCCCCCCCACUUCUGGACCCUCCCCACAGCCCCCCUUCGAGACCCUCCCCACAGCCCCCCCCUUCGAGACCCUCCAACAGCCCCCUUCUGGAGACCUCCCCCCAGCCCCCCUUCGAGACCCUCCCACAGCCCCCCCCUUCGAGACCUCCCACAGCCCCCCUUGUAGACCCCCCACAGCCCCCACCCUUCGAGACCCUCCCACAGCCCCCACCCUUCGAGACCCUCCCACAGCCCCCACCCUUCGAGACCCUCCCACAGCCCAUCCA